GAUCAGUUGAUCAUUAGGAUCGAGUCGCGAGCAGUAGUGGGGUCCGAUUCUCAAUCACACCACUUUCCCCUUCAAAUAUUAAAACGAAUAAACUUUCUCAGUAACUCCGCGACACCAGGUCUAGCCAGCCCGUGCCCUCCAGUCUUAUUCUAGUUAUACUCCCCGCCAGACGCAUCCUUCAACAUGAUUUACGUACAGAUUUUGAGCUUCUUGUGCCUGUCGGUCUUACUGGCGGAGGCUAUGCCGGCCCCUCAGACGACGAGGGCGACGAUUUCGGACGAGGCUUUGGAAUCGGCGCUCAACGACAAGCGCUACCUCAUGCGCCAGCUCAAAUGCGCGCUCGGAGAAGGGGUCUGUGACCCAGUUGGCCGACGGCUUAAAACAUUCGCGCCGCUCGUUCUGCGAGGUGCCUGCCCACAAUGCUCCCCAACUGAGACCCGACAGAUCCAGAAGGUCCUUUCACACAUUCAGCGGCAUCAUCCAAAAGAAUGGUCAAAAAUUGUCAAACAAUUCACAAGCUGAGGAACUUGAUGGAUAGACAACGAAGCGGCAAUUUAUUACUUCAAUAUUUCUGGGAAAAAUAAAGAAACAGAAUGUCCCAAGGAAAAUUUACUGCUGAAACAGCAUUAAGAACAAGCGCUGACCGUUGGAAAAGUACUUUUUCUUCCAUUCGAAUUUAUUAAAAGAAAAUUUUGAAUAUAAUUUUUCAAAGCGUUGCCUUCAAACACAUGAAAUCUUUAAAGUUGAAAGUAAGAGUGCUUGCUGAUUAUUUUUCCUUACACUGGAAAAAUUAUAGAAAAAGUAGAAGUGAGAUGUUAGUAAAAUUUUCUUGGGAAAAAAAAAAUGGAGGCAUUUCGUUUUAGAGUUGGAAAUUCCAAUUAAUCCAAUCCUAGGGCAAACCAUUUUAUUCCAAAAGAUGGAGGAAAUCUAUGGUCUUUCCUUACCUCUAAAGGAUAGAGCUAACUUUAAAUGUUCCUUCCUUAACAUUUCCCUUGCCGGUGCAUUGCAAUUUUUUAAUCCUAGAGCUUUUUCUUCUAAAAACGCAAUGAAAUGCAGUUAAAAGUGCUUAAGGUUAAGUUACAACUCCAACAAUUGUACAAUAACUUAGUUGCUAGAGCAAAUUUAUUUAUGAAAUUGGUAUUAAGAAUCCUAGAUACUUUUGAACUGUCGAAUCUAAUCAGAAAUCUACUCCAAAAAGGCUAGUAUGUAAAAAAAAACAGUGCUGGAUUCAAAACUAAAGAAACUUAUUCUGAGAGGUAAGGUCAACACUAGAGGGUCUCGUCCCCACCCUAUCGCACGCAUGCUGCAUUGCUGCGAGCAUACCUCAAAAAGUUGUGAGACGCUCAUUUUAGAUAAAGAUUGGGGUUUGUGCAUGCUAAUUCUAUGUUCUCAUUUGGACCGCACUAAGCGGGAAGGAACCAGGUCAUGUGAGUCAUUGCUAGAUACUACUGACAGUUUAUUGUUUUACAGGAGAUCUGUGGUAUGUAUGGAUUCUUUUGAAAAUUUCAGGGAAUUUGAUUCGCAUCACACAGGAAAUUCCCAGAAAUUUUCAAAAGAAUCUGCGCUACCGUAUUCCCAUAGAAAAUAAGUCAUCCAAUGUGUGGCAAUUGCUUAUGCAUCUUUGUUCCUUCCUGCUUGCUUGAUGUGGUUCAUUUGUACAGUCAGUUCCUUCCUCAGAGAAAAACUGAGCUGAAGUCUGAGACACUAAAUGAUUUUAAGUGACAAAACUGUUUGGAGCAUUAAAAAUCAUGAGCUGAAUUUUGAUUCUCAUCGUCAGUUUGUGAAUUAAAGUGCUGUUUCCAUCUUUCAGGUGCCUCAUUUAAGAGAAUACUUUAUGUACAUAAUCUUUUUAAAUUUUAAGACAGCAAUUUUGUAAAAUAAUUUUUAGUCAAUAUACCAUUAUUUAAUUAUUA